GGGACGUAACAUAAUUGGGGGCUCGUUCCGGGAUAUUAAUCCUGUUUACCCCAUUUCUAGACUUUGAAUUUUGGAGAGUUAUUUUUUUUUCUUCUUUUUUGGUGUAUUUGGCAGAAGGUUUCAGUAUGGCAUCCCGUAGUUUCAACCUAAGUACAUUUUUGAAUAAUCCUUCUUGGGAAGAUUUUAAUGUGUGUAGAAAACAGGACUUAUUUUCUAUAGCAGCACAUUUUGAGCUGAGUGUAACCAAACAAAUGAUAAAACAAGAGUUGAAAUCAAUUGUUUCAAACAAACUUAUGGAAGAAGGACUGCUUCCUGUUUCUGACACGCCUUGUUUGUCAGUUCCUUGUGACAGGACUCCUAAUGAGGGAUUGAGGCCUGCUGUGUCAGAAGGACAAAAGCCUGCUGCUGUGGAUCAAUUAAAGGUUGGAAACCUGAGCACUGAUGUCUCACCUGCAACUGCUACUUCAACUCCUUCUUCUCAUUC